AUGCCACAACAAUACGUUCCUCUUCACGACUCCAAUGUUUCUACAUUUGGAACGUGCGAGAUUUCCAUAUUAACCUUGAGAUUUGUUGAAAACUGUCCAGAUGAUGAGGAGGCGUGGUUGAGAGCAGCAGAAAAAUUAGAUUGUGCAUCGAUUACACAGUCAUGUGCAGAAUCCAUUGGAUCUCCAUACAAUACUCAGAAUUAUGUUUUCCAAUACCACUGCGUAAUAAACUCUUAUUGUAACGCUACGAUGGAAGUAUGUGCAUUAAAUCGCACAAUAUUAGGUUUUUGCGCCGAGUUUAAUAUACAUGGAGCGGUCAUUCAGGACAAUUACGAUGCAGACUGUACACAGCAUACACCACCUUGUCCAACCAGUUAUAAUUCAGCCGAGGCUUAUAAAUAUCCUUCAUGCUACGAGAUGGCAAAGAGGAACAGAAAAACAAAUACGAAAACAAUAGAUAAUAAUUUUCAUCCAUCAUCAAGUUCAAGGUAG